AUGUUGGUGCUCGAGACCCUGGUUCGCCAGUCUCUGUAUGACGAAUACGCAAGUGAUCGACCAGGCCGAUGCGGUGGCAGUGAGAGUGAGACAGGUUCGGGGCUGAAGAAUGGGUUUAGGUAAUGAGGUUAUUAGUAAUGGUCGUGCUGGCGGAUGGUGAGUUGUUAACGCUCGAUAUGAUUGGCUUGUCGUGUAUGCAGGGUGCGUUUGGAGCGUCGAUAGUGCGAUGAGCUCCGCUGUCAUGGAUACGCAUGCGACCGAAUAGACCCAUGCGGUGAGUGAAUGAGCGUGUGCAGUGCGGACAGUAGAGGCGGGCACGAAGAGUGCAUGUCGGGGGGUCCGGGCACUGAUGUGCAGGUAACGUUGUGAUAGACCCGCAAGUGACCGAUCAGGUCAGUGCGUGAGGUGAAUGUGUGACCUCACCAAGUACAGGUUAGCAUGUAGUCUCCUUGCUGGUGGUAGGUGACGAUGGCAGUAGCUGACGGGACGUCGGAUGUCGUCUCAUUGGUGAUGAGAUUGAGUGAAGCGGUGACUGGUGUAGACGGUCUUUGUGAUCGACGCAGGAUUUGGGACAGGGAGAAUGGCGCCGGUGAUCGGGGACGGUGUGACGUCGGUAGUUUGGUCACCGGCGAUAGGAGUGGUCGCCGUCGAGAAAUUUGAAGCAGGAAUGACAGUAGAGGUGAUCGUGAAAGGAGAAGCUAAUGUUGCCGGGUUGUCAAUACAUUGCGUCCGAAUGGGUCGCGCGAGUCCUUUUCGCGCGUGGGAUGUGCGUUGACAUCGUGGACACGUAAAAAACGGUUGACGUUGCCGAUCCGAGGCGCUUGUGACUUGCCAGCCGUCCUUUUGGUUUUGGUAGCGACGAUUCGGUUUGCUUUGUGGAUUGCUGCGCUCGUCUUCAAGGCUCUUCUCCAAGCCGGCCUGUCCUGGGCGUGGUCCUCCCAGAUCUCCAAACUGAUCUGCAGUCACUUCGAAGAUUUCUUCAAAACGUCCUCGUACCGUCGUUAAUGCCUUUCCGUUCGGCGAGCACCUGCAAUGACACCUCCAUAGAAGAGUCGUUUCGGUAGGCGCUUGUCACCCAUUCUCGCGGUGUGGCCGCUCCAUCGCAGCUGUUAUUGUCUCAGAAUGGCGUGAAUGUUGUCGGCUCUGGUUCGUUCCACGACUUCCAUAUCCAGAAUCCUGUCUUGCCAUCUCAUCUCCAAUAAUCUAGGGAGGCAUCCGAGAUGGAAGUAAUCGAGCUUCCAGGCAUGUCUGGAGUGUAAGGUCCAGGUCUUCGCUUCGUAGAGAAGUGUUGUUAAGACGACGGUCUUUUACAUCUGUUUGUUGUUCAGCGGAAGGUCGUGACGAUCCAGUACGGAGGCUUGCAGCUGACCGAAUGCCUGGUCGGUUUUGAAGAAUCGAUGGGGACCUCGUAAUCGACUCCCGUCUUGCGUGAAAUUUUGUUUCCUAGAUAAGCGAAGUUACCCAUAGUUUUAAGGCGGCUGCCUUUAGCGUUGAUCGGAGGAGUGUUGUGCUCUGAGUUGGAUGGGCGUUGUUGCAUGAACACCGUUUUUUCGAUGUUGACGGGUAGGCUGAAUUUAGCGAAAAGGUUCAUUAUAUGUUGCAUGUCUUCUUCCGUCGGGGUGUUGAGUGCGCAUUCAUCAACACCUAACAGGGUGUGGACUAUAGUCUUCGCUACACACGUUGGGGCCUGCAUGUGCCAAUUACUGAGAAGACAUCCAUCAAUCCUGUAGGUGAUGCGUAUCCCAAGUCGCUCAUCACAGUGACAGUCCAUUAACAUGGCAUAGAACAUGGGACUGAAGAUGUUGGGGGCGCGUACGCAGUCUUGAUUCACUCCGUUGGUUACUAAAAAUGUUUUGCAGACUUUCUCAUUGUCAGUGACCCGCGCCACCACCCCGUCGUCGAACUGACGCACCAUGUCCGUGAAUCACUCAGGGCAGUCGAAUUUCUGCAUACCUUUCCACAGUCCAUCCAUUUUUACCGUGUCGGAGGCUUUGGUCAAGUUCACGAAAUAAGUAUAUAAUUGGGUCCGCACCUCCUGGCACUUCUUUUGUUUAGACCAGUACCGUUUUCGGAACCAUGAAUGUUAUUUUCCGGGAAGUGACCAUAGCCACUCGACGUUUCCAUAAAUCGCAUGACCCUGGACCUGGUGGUGUCCCAGUCAGCACUUUAAAGGCGGACGUAGAUGUGAUUUCCCCGUCACUCCUGUGUAAGAUAUUUUAUCUCGCUCUCGAAUGUGAAAUCUAUCACAGUGUGUGGAAGGGACAACACAUCCAACAUAUUCCCAAACACGGCGAAACAAAAACGGCGAAAAAGGCGUCUCCUGCAUACUUGCUUUCGGAGAGGGAGCGAGAAGGGACAUCAUCAGGGACUUGCCCCGCCACAGCACCUUGGUACCUCUUUUGCAACCUCAUCAUAGCCCUGUCAUAGCCCCCUUGACAGGUGGGACUGAUGCUGGCAGGGAAAGCACUUUUUCUCAACUUCAGAUGACUUGCUGUCCCUGCGUUGAAUACAUAUUUCAGUUAAGAAAUAAGAUCGUUUAAAUACUUGAUGCAUUGCGGUCCAUAUUAGAUCCCACCCGGGCUUCACGAAAAACUUGCCCAUGAAACUUCCAUAUCUUGACUAUUCUCUUUAGAAAUUCAUUCGAUGCCCGAAUUUCACUUUUCGAUGGGAAGUGGAGACACAUUCUUUCAUCCGAUACAAAGUAGUGACGUACGCAGCAAAAAAAACAGUUCUAUGGGUUAGACGUUCAUCUUCUGCUUAGUCCUGGAUAGUGAUAAAAAGGACAUAUUAAUGCAAGUCCCAAUAAAUUGUCAACUGCUACUUUCUUGUCAUCAGAGAACCUGAAGGGAAGAUCAAACACGACCAGUUUUCUAAGAUAUAUCUAGAGGUGAAUUUAGGUACUUGAGGAUUGGCAGGUUUCUACCUUGCCCUCUAUAGCCUUCAAAGGCCUUCGGUAGUUUUGCGCAUCAACGACUGCUCCCAACCUAACAUAAUAAGGACCAGAGAGAACGUCCUCCAAUGAAGAGUCCACUAGCUUAACGAUUAUUUCCAGGUUGUUUGCGUAGUCAGUGAUAAAGGAGAUCCUGCUACGGCAGAGUGAUAUUACACAGCACUUAGUAUUCGGGUCAGUUUCUUCUGAUAUAUGUGGGGGAUUGUGUCAGCCGGCUAAACUGCGCAACCGCAAUGUUCGCAAAUGAACGGAAGAUUAAGCGCACAAUUCAUAACAUUGCCGAUGAAGAUUGCUUUCACCACAGCCGGCUGCGAUUAAACCUUAAUUCAUCAAGGCACACCGACACACUUCACUUGCAGAAUAACUCAUUUUCUGAGUGCCAGCGCACUGAAAAAUCCACCGGUCCAAUAGAAACCUGAUGUGCCUAUUUCGAUUUCCCUAGAGCCGCCUACUCAUUUUAAUUGCGGCAAAAAACGUACUGUCCUUACUGCACCUUCUCCAAGAUCAGACUGCAAUACAACUCCUUUAAAAUGCGCAGGGAUUUAAGCAGAUCUUCAUGCAAUUAGGUGGGUUGUUUUGGGAAAAGUGCUCUGAUCCUUAAGCAUUUCGCGUUUCUCCUUAGGACUCUCUCAAGACUAUUUCUGCCUUAAACAAUCCGUGGUCUUCAGGCUUGUAUAUCGUAUUCCAAAUGCGGUCUUGUGAAUUUUCAAGAGAUUUUACACAAAACAUCUUCGUCAAACUUCCUAAAUGUUUGCCCGAUAGUGCGCAGUACGGACAUUUAAUUUGCGGGUCCCUAUAAUAUCUUCGUUACGGGGAGCAUUGCGGUUUGGUAGCAUAUUCAUUUUGAGAAUAUAUUGAUUGUGUAUGACUUUGAAUAGGAUAUUGAGGCCAGUUACAGUUGAGGAGCAGUCACAUCUACGUUAGGCAAACACUGACAUUUCUGCCACUGGACCUCCCUCAUUUUUCCGCGGUAGAAGGCAGCUGCUAGCUCCAAGGUGCACUAAAAAAAGAAGUCCUCUUUACUCGUUGGAUGUUUAUGCCCCCCCCCCAACGCCAAUGAGAAUUUUGAUCGUUUACUCUCACUGAUAUUUCAUGCUGCGGCCGACUUAUGCUUUAAGUGUUAAUUAAUUGAGGUCGACUUCAAUCUUCCUGAAGUCCGCUGGUCUCCACCUUCCGGCGGCAAAAGGUUCGAAGAUGCUCUUGAGACCUUGGAUGUAUGAAUUUGGAGUCAGGUUGGGGAUUUUCCCACCCGAGGAUCAAGUUUACUUCCUUAAUUUUCUGUAGAGGUUGCAUGCCUUUGUCAGUGUAAUCCUUAGGCCCACUUGUGGGUUGAGGCUAUGACAUAGUUUUUUUAAAGUUUGAACUCAGGGCUGAGAAGAUUUUGACACCAAAGUAUAGCUUCUUCUCCGGUUUCCGAUCAGCUCGUUCGACCGAAUCACUGACACACCUUAAUGCUUAGGAUUGAACUGGUUUCUUCCUAAGUUCGAAUAAAAAUGUUUGUACUGAUAAAGUUUCCGAAAUCUCCCAUCCGCUUAUUUCUCGUUUUGUCCCCGUAAGAAAAUAAUUAAUGUCGGGGAUAAGGUUUUCCUCCCCUUAACCUUUCGCCGCAAGUGGCGCAGACUUUCUCGUCGAUUUCAUCUUCAGAACGACGUUUCCCUUCUGCCCUUGAUUUGUGAUAUUCUUGAGCGUGCUAAGAGAUUGUCCGAAGAAAUAGAGCUAGGUGUAGAGGCCCAAUUCACCGAAAGCCGUUCGUUAAAGGUCUCGAAACCUUUCCUUCGAAAAGUACAAACUCACAGAAAGACGCAGCAUCUCACCCUCCGAGACGCUCUCGGGAAUCCUAUAGUUGAUGCCCAGUUAACCGCUAAUAGUUUCAGUGCUUUCCUGUCCAGUACUUUUAUUCAAACUCGACAGUCUGCUUCCGACCAUCCAGACAUCGACCGGGACCGUUCUCGAAACUAUAACUUUCACUAUGUGGAACGUGACCGUGGCUAUUCGGCGUUUUCGUCAAUCUCACAGCCCUGGACACAAUGAUGUCCCAGUCAGUAUUUUAAAAGCCGACGCAAAUGUAAUUUUCCAAUCAUUCUUAUGAAAGAUAUUUAAUCUCGCUCUUGAACGUGAAACAUAUCUCACCCUGUGUAAGGAAUCACGCAUUUUGUCCAUCCCAAAGUUUAGCCAAUCUACGUCACUUGCUGGCUUUUAGCCAAUAAACAACCUCCCGGCAGUUUCGAAGAUCUUAGAGACAUUGAUCAAAGAUAAGAUGAUGUGUUGUAAUACUCGAGCCACCCAAGGGUAUGGUCUUGUCUUCUUCUCCUUUUAGGCGACAGUCCGUACAGGCUUCCUUGGUGCUCUUAUCCGAUCCAGUGUGCCCUCGGCGGGAACCCUAGGAAUUAGAGUGAAUUGAGUCCAUCGUCUGUAAGGGCAAGCGGGCACAGAUAGAAUAGGUCGACGGGGGAAACGUUUAUUAAAAGAAAUAUAUCGGCAGAGGAAAAUUAAUCCCGUUCCGUCUUCUCGUCGUCUUCCUCUUUACGGGCGGUCUCUCGACGGGCCCCCUCACGCUCUUCGACGGCGGUCACUAAAACAAAGCACGUUCGGAACUCCAAUCAGUCAAAAUGUACAGGAAGAUCAUAGCAAGGACACAUUAAAACAGCAAGGGCAGUACGUCCUCUACAGUGUCACUUAACAGAGAAUUACCUACUGAAUGCUGCACAGCGUAGAUUCCUCAAAGCUCGGUCUAGUGACACCUGUCAACUCUCUUUCUUUGACCAUGUUCUCUAAUCUAGGGACAAUGGUUUUGCACUAUACACAGUCUAUUUCGAUUUCACUAAGGCUUUUGUUCGUUUUGACCGUGCUCUUCUUCUCUUGAAACUGUCCUCUUUCGGAAUAGGUGGUAAACUUUUGAAUUUUGUAUCCUCUUACCUGGGCGCUCGUACACAAUGAGUCAAGAUUUCCAAUACUAUCUCCAACCCCACAUGUGUGCGGAGUGGAGUCAUUCGGGGGUAGUUUACUCGGUCCGCUAUUAUUUUGCUUUUAUGUUAACGAUGUACCCGACGUAUUUCUGAAUGGUAAGCCCUUCAUCUAUGCCGACGGUCUGAAAUUUGCUUAUCGAUAUAAGCCAGCAGAACUUGACACCGUGCAUGAACUCCUAAGGAGCGGCCUACAGGCCUUUGCCCAGUGAUGCCGAACAUGGCGCCAUUCUCUUUCUUGGCAUAAAUGCGCACUCAUGGUGGUUGGCGACGACAGCCAACCUCAACUAAGUAUUGAAGGUCACGCCAUAAAUGUGCCUGGGGUUAUUAAGGAUCUGGGUGUUUCAUACUCCAGGAGCCUCAAUCUUUCGGAGCACUGUGCCUCGAUAGUCUCCAAAGCACGUAGAACGACCGGUUUUAUCCUCCGAGACUUUAAAACCAGCGAUAUUAGAAUGCGCCUUUGUGAAAUGCACGUUAGGCCUGGCCUGGAAUACUGUUCGUUUUUAUUUAGCCUCAUUCGUGCUGCUGAGCGGGAUUAAAUAGUAUCCGUUCAGCAUUUUUUUCUAAGAGAGUUUUAACCCUGGGUCGCCGGAAUUUAUCGUACCCAGAACGUUGUCGAAUUACAGGCAUUGAUCCAUUAUAGAUUCGUAGAUUAAAAAAGGGAGUAUUUUUCCUAUUUAAGCUUUUAUAUAAUCGAACCUUUAACCCACUCACCAUUUUAAGACAUCAUGUUCACCACCGACGUAACAGUCACCGUGAGGUCCUUUUUUCUUUCUUCCUCUGACACAUAUCGUCAAAUAUCGUCCGUUCUUUUCUGUAGAUGCAGAUGCUGUUUAGAAUAAAUUACCCAGGAAUGUGAGAACUCUGCAAAAUCAUCCUUUAUUUAAGAGAACUAUUACCUCAUUUUGCGUUCAGAAAAACACCCAAAAGUUCUGGGUGUUAAAUAAACUGAUCAACUUUACGGUACCGAUGGCAUUUCUGGUGUCUGAUAUCUCUGGCCAGUCUCACCAGGGACCAUUUCUUUAGCCAACAGCGAUGGCUGUUCUUUGGCGCUUAUGUUUGGACCAGCCCCAACUUCAUAAAAGAAAUUGGCGGCUGAUAAUAUCCGAUACAGUGCAACCCCUCCCUUCUUGACUGUCGUCAUCUUUGUGGUCAGCGGUUUUUUUCUCUUGGACCCUCCAAACAAUAAAAACCACCACCAACUUUAUUUUAUUCUUUUUUGACAUUAUUUUAUUUCAAUUCUGGCCGAAGUUUCGCCUGACUCUCCCCUGAAAAUGCCUAUAAACUGGCAUUAAAUACAAUUAUUAUUAUUAACUGCUGUUCGUUGGCGGCUAAUUAAUUCGUCCGUGGUGGGACCGGCAGUAGUAUCAGAAACCGGGAAAUCCAUCACUUUGGUAGAUCAAAGCGGCCACUUGUUCUCAAGUAAGUCAUCCUAGUUCCUUUAAUUUCUAUCCUAGGCUUGGCUUUUCACCGCGUUAUUCUUAUAGCUGCCAGCUCUCCACCACUUGCGAUUAUCUGUCUUAAUUCCCAGGUUAACUAGCUACAAGCCUAUCCCUCUUCUAACUCUUUUUAUACUCCAGUGUCUGAGAGCUACAUCCCUACAUCUUUUGGUCACCUGCUCAGCCUUUUCCUGCGGACUCUUCAUAUGCCAAUAGUUCUGAACCCAUCGAUAUCUAUUCCCCAGAUAGCAAUGAUUUAUAGCCCAAUUAUUCACCUCCAUUCUUGCUUAAAAUGAUGUUGACGAUGACCAUGCUGCUUCAAGCACUUCAGUAUUGUAUUACUAAUGCCAGGUCUGUUAUAAUUGGGAUGGCCCAGAUCAGGGUCACUACUCACGAGAUGACUCGAGACACUGUAUGCAUAACCGAAUCCAGGACCCAUCGUCUACUUCCUGACUCUGUCCUUUCCAUAGAUGACUGUGAUUUCUAACGUCUAGGCUGAAUAUACAGGCUUGGAGGCGGUUGCCUUCUUUAUCCAGGAUCCUCCUUAAAGCACGUCCCCUAUGGUCUGAAUGCCCCUUAAUUCUCUGGAAGCUUUGCCUUGCAUUUCUUAUUCUCUCGUCACAAAAACGCAAUUAUUGGCUGUAUCUACAGUCCUCCAAACUCUUCAGCCAGUAACGAUGCACAGCUGUUUGAGAUCCUUAGAAUAUUUUCGGAAUCUUCCUUCAAUAUUAGAGCAAUCGUUUGAGAUCUAAACUUCUAAGGUAGGUCGGUCUUUGAAUAUUCCCCCAUCUUGAUUUUGGCCUUUCCGUGAUAUAAUCGACUUUAUUAACUGGUCCCAGCUUGUGAGCUCUCCAGCAAGAGAAAACUACAUUUUAGAUCUGAUCUUUAUCAAUGAUCUUGCCCCACUUUUCUCCGCUUUCCAAAAGAAUCUUUUUUAUAGUGACCAAGUGUUAAUUCACUGUUGCCUAGAACUUGCCUUUUUAAAAAGACCAGCACAGUUCAGAUAUACCUAAAUUACGAUUACGGGGACAGCGAGUUAAUAAACAACAUCCUUGGCUCAUUGGAUGGACGGGGCAUUCUCUCCUGUGGUGCAGAUUUCUUUGUGACGUGAUGCUCAAUGUCCCCAAAGACAUCUUAGAAUUUGCGUCUCGUAGAUAUCUGAAGUCUACCCCUUCGGAUUCCUUUGCAUCUGAAUUCCUUAUAACAGAGUUAAAAAGUUGAAAAUGAAUUUGCGUAACUCUCUUUGGGGAUGAGGACGAUUUACGAAGUCUUCGCAUGGAUUAAUUUUUUUUUACUGUCAACUAACAAUCCGGAGGCGUCCGCCAGGGCCGACCUUGACUUUGAGCUCCCUUUUGACGCUCUCACAUCUCCCUUUGUUGGCAUUUAACUACGUGCAACAGCGCAGUAUGCAACAGUAGCGAGGGCGGUGUAUUCGAGGCCACUCGUAAGACGAGAACGGUAAAAGUAGGAGUUUUACGGGUGAACGCAUGCAGAAGGAUAAGUUAUGGUCAAAGUAAUGUCAAAAAUAAUGGGUAACAGGGAAAAAAUAAGCUUAUAAACCGUCAUGAAGCACGCGCUAAAUGAAAAAUGGGAGAAAGUUUAGGCUAAUAGGGGGGCUGAAACCUCCGAAGCGGUAGGGUUUGGCUGAUGAAGAAACGGGAACUUGUCAGGGGCCAAAUGGCCAAUGAAGGCGCCCGGAAGACUUUAAUUUUAUAGCGCACGGGAUGGAGGGGGCCAACAAAAAGGGGCACUUGUAGUUUCCGAGACAAGUCUUUUUUCGACACAAAUGGAGAGAAAUUAAUCAUUUAUGGUAGGAGAGGUGGGUUUCAUUCCCAAACUAAAUAAAGUAGGAAUAGGAUAAGACCCACGACGGAAAAAAUUUUUCCCCGAAAGUAAAUCCCAGCUUAAAUAAAUUUAAAAAAUAUCGAAAUACAACAGAAGCGCUUAAGUUCCUCCAUGACAACUUCGACAAAAAUUAACGAAUGGGGUGGGCAGGGAUUUAAAAUGAAAAAGUCACUUAUUAUCCCCAAAAGUGAAUCUUAAAUCAGUUAAAAUAGAAUUAGGUAAAACAAUGCAGUACGUGAAGUUUAAUAAUUCAUUCUUAAAAAGUGCAUCGAAAAUUAAAUAAAAUUAGAUAUUUUGCAUAUCCCGACCGGAAGCGCUAAUAAAUAUCCAAAAAGACCAGCAGGAAUGAAAGAAUUGUAUAAGAUGGACAUUUCGGACGGAAGCGUUAAUGUUUUUUCUCGAAAAAUAAACGAUUAAAGUCGGUAAAUUAAUACGAGGUGCGAAUGUGGGAUGGACACCCUGAUUUAGUCUCCAAAAUUUUAGCUGAAUUAAAAAAGCGAGGUAGGUUUUGGGACGGAAACAUUAGUUAUUAUCCGUCGAGGCGCAUCAGAAAUUGAACAAAAUAGGAUUAUGCAAGGAUAUGGACGAAAGCGUGAAUUUUUAUUGAAGAAUUUUUGGCCAUAAUCAAAUUAAUCAGCAUUAAGGACGACUCAUCACAGCAAAGUUACUUUUCGCCCUCCCCCUUCAAGAAAGUAAAUGAGAAAUAAAAUGAGUUAGGAUUGACUUGUGGGCGGCAUAGCUACCUCUCUUAACUGGAAUAAGAAAUAAAGUGCAUUGCAAUUCUUUAACGGACGAAAGCAUAAUGAGUCAAAUUAACUAGAGUCAACUCGAGAAAUAUGUAGCAGUGUUUCUGAGGAAACGCCGUGCAUCCAAAAAGUGACAAUCUUGGAGAGGACUUUAAUUCAUUGCAGUGGAGUAGGAGUGUAAAAGGCAUUGAGCGGUUGAUGCUACCCAUCAACCGAAGCGUCCCACAAAAGACGGCUGGGGAACGAAUGCCACAGUGUAUGCAAACGAAGGCAGAGAAGUAACCCAAUGAGAGCAAGGGAGAUCCAUUAAAACAUGGUUGCUUAAAUGCCAUGAGCUAAAUAGUGACAAGACAUCAAACAGUUGGGUGAAUGGAACGGUGCUUCGACCGACCAUGUACUCUACGGAGCACUCGCGGAAGCUGAGAAGACAUGAGUACGAGCAAGUUGCAUCACUCCUUAGCACAGUAGAACUCUCGUCAUUUAUAUUAAGAAGAGUAGGCAAGGCGGCUCCUGUUACAGGUAAUGUCUUUAAGUCAUCGUCUAAAUUUGCAAUGUCAUUCAAUUCUGUAAUCACCAAGUAGCUACCCUUGUUUUGAGAAGCUCCUGAGACGAUACUUUUCGCAUAUUUUGCGUCCUAUGCUUAGUUUCUUUGCUCUUAAACCAGUAGCCACACUGGUCAUCAAUUUUCUGCUGCAUAAGAAUAAUUUAGCCCUGAGGCUCGUUUUCGAUAUUUUUUACUUUUAUUAGAUUACAUGCGCAUCCAACGCUGGGUCCAGCCUUGUAUCCCAAAACCUUUUCGUGGUAAUUACGCUUUCGGUAGAUUUUGCUGGUCUUUGGUUUAGAGGAUAAAGAGAGCGAACGCAAAUCCUAGAUAUAAAGGUCAUCGUGGCAGGCUUUUCCUCUAACAAGAUGCCACUGCUAGUCUUACUAUCACCGUUGGAUUGCUGAGGGCCCAAAAAGUUGGGAUAAGGGCUCAGGUAUACUUCGCUUUCGAGAUUAUAACAAAUAAUUGAAGCAUGGUGAGUACUUAAAACUCGAGAAUCAAAAAUGACGCUUAAAAAUCGGACAUUUUUACGAAAUUUAUUCAAAAACAGCCCAGUCGCUUUCAGGUCUCCGAGAGCUUUGAUUACUUGGAAUCGUCGAAAACUGGGAACGUUUGCCUGCCUAGAGUGUACUUGGACGCUAGUUGUUUAAGCGGUCAGUUCAACCAUGCUACAACAAAAAAAUGGUGCUUGACCACACUAUUCUGAUGAAGUUCAACGGGUGAAAAAUAUGUCAGAAAUGCAGAAAGUAAUUAUGUACGCUAAUAUAAGUAAACGUAGUUGUGAAAAGGUGGAAAACUCAAAAUACCCCUACUGAGACAGCCGAAUAGCAUCGCUAGGAUCACUCAGGACUGCAAAUAUACCGACCGGGUGACGUGACCAAAGAUUAAUUAGACUUAAGGAUAGCAGGGAGCCUCGUGGAUCAGGCAGUUGGGGGUUGGCUAUACUCAAGUCAUGCUCUGGCUGUCGUAGCUCCAAGCCUCCCAGGCGGACGAGUUUUUCAUAUUUUCCUCAAAUGAUUUUUUCCCUUUUUUAGCCGUUUAUACUCGCAUACAGGAUGUCAGUCAACGUUAGCGUCGAUGAAAAUCUUUGGCGAUCGAAUAGUCUCUUUUUUUGUACAAAACGGGUUUGGUAGACUGAUGUCAGUUAGUUUGCGACCUAAAGAACGAUGCUUUCCAUGAGGAGGUAGCGUAGGUACGGAUGAAUGUUUUAAUUCCUAGCUAACAGCAUCACUCUCCGGACAUUUAAAUGAAAGCACUCUUAAAGCCAUUUCUUCUAAACGUGUGAUAACAAAUAUGAGCAUUUAGGCUGAGAGGGAAAAUAUCCUAUAGUAUAAGAGAUUGUAGGUUCAUGUACAUUUCCUAUUUUUCAUUUUAAACUUUCCCGAAUGACAGAAUUGCUAGUAGUGAAUCAAUAUCCCGUUUCCUGAAAGGGUAGAAAUGAAUGCAACAGUUAAAUAAAUCGGCAAAGGAGUCAAAAAACUAAACACACUUUUGUGAAAGCGUUCCCUAAACAUAUCGCCAGCACAGUACGCAGAUGCUUUUGAAGACUCAUCGAAAAACGAACUACCAGAAAACAGCCAACAUUUAUAGCAUGGAACGAAUUUCGAAAGGUUGUGUAGAUCAUAUAGAAAGUCGAAUCCUCCUGUCUGCUUAGGUUUACUCAACUAUAGGGCACGAUGACAAGUCCCAGUUCCAAACAUUGUUUUACUGAACGAACCACUAGGAAGACGUUCGGUCCGAAUUGGUCUGUCGCCAGACAAUCUUUUUGCAUUUUGUUGGUCCUUUGCGCAGUUGUAGUUAUGUUCCCAUUCCUUCGUAGUUUACACUAAAUUAAGGGAUAUUUUACGUAUCUGUUCACGGUUUUAAGUGUCUGGUGUGCCCGGACAGCGUUUAACAAGAAAUUCAGCACUGUCCACAGGCCCGAGGACUGCCUUAACGGCAAGUGUAAUAUGCACUUCACCUGUCAUCCACGUCGUUCGGCAAAGGUGCUGUUGACAUAGGUACGACUCCGUUGUGACGACAAGUGAACUUUAGUGGUUUGUUCCCAUGAGUAUUUCCCAGUCCUUUGGUGCACAUCUACGUAACCCAUUUUAACUUGCUAUCUUCCACCGUUUAUGUGUGCCAGUUAUCCGCGAAAAAAGCGAAGUACGUACGUCAGAAAUCCCCAUUUGGAAUUCUUUCUAUGCACAAGAUAAUUGUCUAGUACCUGAUUUUGCGACUAUUUUUGCUGUUGUCCGUGCCCCUCCCCCCAAGCGUUGUGGAUUAUGCGCCUGUAACGCCAUCUGACGUCCUCUGUGAGUAUUUUAGGACUUCAUUGAGGUCCAAAUGGCACGGUUUGCGUUUCUGGUAAACUUGACGCGUAUAUGGCAGUUAAUGUGUACUUACCUGCUUAUUGCUUAAAAAAAAACCAUUAAGGAUUGGGUCAGGUUUCAAAACUUUAUCUGUCCCUUGUCCCGAGCCCCUACAGCUAGGACGUCAGUAUCAAUUCCGGUCGGGUUUUAUGGCCGAUAGAAGUAACUGCAUCUGUAGCUUUUUGUCCUUUCCCCCCACAGAUAACCUGCCCGCGGGGCCAUCAACCGCCCUUUCCUACUAUAUCACGUUUGAAUGGCUUGUGGGGACUCAUUCUUGUCUCCACACUUCUAAUUCGCAUCAGUUCCAACUUUGAAGAUAAUUCACUCUUUACCACCCACUGGCACGCCGAUCAGCCCUUAGGUGAGUUAACACGCAAAAUGCCUUCAUUCUCACGCUCCAUACUGGCUUUAACCUGCCACUGCCAUCCUCUCCGACCUUAGGACUACUUUUUUGA